UUAUAUGCUACGAGAGUCCACAACCAUCAUUGGGAAUUCAUCGCUUUGUUUUCGUGUUGCUUCGACAAUUGGGUCGCGAAACUGUGUAUGCACCAGGUUGGCGUCAGACUUUCAGCACAAGAGACUUUGUAGAACUUUACAAUCUUGGUUUGCCUGUUGCUGCUAUUUACUUCAAUUGCCAUAGGGAGAGUGGUACUGGUGGCCGCCGCGCAUAA